UUCAAAGAUUUUUGAGUGCAAGAAUCACGUUUAUUUUGAUAAAUUAUUAAAAGAUAAUGUAAGUUCAGUAAGGUAAACGUUAUAAAGCAAUAGUUUAAUUUAAAUAAACUAGUCUCAUUAACAGUACUACAAGGCAGGUUAAUAUCUACAUAACGGAUUAGAAUGAAGUACACUCAGCCAGAGUGGUACACUCCCGCGGAGGUAGCUGUCCACAAUAAGGCCACCGACUGUUGGGUGUCUUUGAACGGUAAGGUUCGGGACCUCACCAAAUGGCUUCAAGCACAGCUCAAGCUCUGCAAGUGUACUAAAACAUGUUCCUGUCCAAUCAAGAAUUGGUAUUGUGGCGACGACUGCGUUGAAUACUGUAGUUGCUUUGAAAGAGGAUUCUUCUACUGCGAUGCUAAACGGUUGGCCAUGACAAUAUUAGCGUAUGCAGGCAAAGACAUUAGCCACUGGUUCAACGGUGAAGAUUGGGUGACAUAUACGCACCCUAUAGUGGGCACUGUGACUCCCUAUCAUAUCCAUGGGCCGGGGUACAGGCAACCAGUUGUACCAUCCACACGCUGGCGGCCACCGACCCAACCUUGGUGGAUGGACGAUGACAAUGUGAUUGGGAAUAUGACGACCAAGACACGGCCUAUUAGAAUUGUUAAUACCUUAACAGGUACUUCCGUGACACUUGAGGUGUGUUCAGAGGAAACAAUAUACCAGAUCAUGAUGCGCUACUUACCCCACAACUCACAUAUGCUGUCAUACACGUGGCGUUACCUCAAUCGCGAGCUUUACUAUGACCGUUCCCUGGAGCAGAACGGGAUUCCGGACGAGCGCGAGGAGUUCAAUCACGUGGCGUUGCCCGAAAAUGUGCACAUACCCGCAUUAUUGCUCUACUACAAUGAUGAUCUUACCGAGGAUCCACGACAUUUGCCUUCAUGUAACAAGUGAACAUUUUUUUUAAACCUACUUACUUGAUUUUUUUUUCUUAACUUGAAAGAGUUUGAAAUAUAUUGAAGUUAUACAUUCAAUUUGGUAAAAAUCAUUUAA